AUGUUUUCCAAUUUGUCUGGGUUGGCCCUGUUGGCCUUGGCGAGCGCUACCCUUGCACAGCAAUGCAGAAGCCCUACUGCUGGAAAGCACUGCACAUUGGAUGCUUUCAAUGAGACAGUUGGAGGGCGUAUCCAGCCUCUCCUGCCUUUCUCCUUGCCUUGUUUCUCGAUCUACAAUGGCAAACCAGUGGCUCGCGACGAUGCCGCCUGCGCCGUCAUCCAGGCAAACUACUCGGACCCAUGGCUACGAACCAACUCACCCAGUGGUUAUAUGAACAACCAGGAUGAAAUGUGGGCCUCUGAUCCCAGUGAUCAGUGCCUCCUCGAUAGCAGCGAUCCCACAGAUCUCCUGGCCUACGCAGAUGCCAACUGCCGUCAGGGUAACCUGCCCUCUCACUACCUCGAAGUGAAGAGCCCAAGGGAUGUAAUUGAAGCUUUCAAGUUUUCCAGCUGCUCUGGCAAGCGACUUGUCAUCAAGAACAGUGGCCAUGACUACCUCACCCGCAGCAGCGGCCGUGAUACGCUAUCCCUUUGGACCCGCAACCUGCAAUCUAUGAGCUACAGCCCGCGCUUCGUCCCCGGCGGCUCCAAUACUGGCAUACAGCACAACGCUAUCACCGUGGGUGCCGGCGUCAACUUCGCUGAGGUUUAUGAGUUCGCACAGAUGCACAAUGUCACCAUCCUAGGUGGCUACGCAAGCACCGUUGGAGUCUCCGGCGGCUGGGUCCAAAAUGGUGGCCAUUCCAUCUUGAGUCCUGUGUACGGUCUCGGUGUUGACCGUGUGCUUGAGUACAAGGUUGUCACUCCAGAUGGUGUCUACCGCGUUGCCAAUGAGUUCCAAAACUCCGACCUCUUCUGGGCUCUCCGUGGCGGUGGUGGUGGAACCUUUGGCGUAGUCCUCGAAAGCACCCACCGUGUCGAGUCUGCUUUCCGCUUCGUGUCUGCCAAUAUCAAAUUCCCUGCUAACUCCACCAACAUGCUUCCAUUCAUGGAUAUUGUUGUCAACAACACUCUCAAAUGGGGCCAGGAAGGAUGGGGUGGUCACAUCACCGGUAACACCCUGGUCAAUGUCUCUCCUCUGCUCUCUGUCCAGCAAGCCAAGGCUUCCUUGGCAAGUGUGAUUGCUUAUGCCCAAGCAAACGGCGGCUCCGCUUCCAUCGAGGAAUUUACCUCCUGGUACUCAUUCUAUGAGAAAUACGUCGAGUCCAGUUCAGUCGCUGUCGGCGUCACUCGCUUCCCUGGAAGCCGUCUAAUCCCCCGCUCCGUCUUCGAGACCGCCGAGGGUCGUUCAAACCUCAUGGGCUUCUUUGAAACCAUUCAGUCUCUCGGUCAAACACCGUACAUCCCUGUUGUCGGACCGGUGUUGUACAACUACACCGAAGGCUCGACUAGUGCUGCCCCCGCCUGGCGAGAUGCUAUCUGGGAGCUGGGCUCUGGCGCUUCCUGGGCGUGGAAUAGUUCUAUUGUCACGCGCAAGCAGAAGAUCGAAUCUAUCCAGAACACCACUGCCAUUAUUGAGAGUAUCACGCCUGGCGGUGGUGCAUACAGCAAUGAGGCGAACCCUUUCACGGUCGAUUGGGUUGAGUCUUGGUGGGGUGACAACUAUGAGAAACUAGUCAGCAUCAAGAACAAGUAUGAUCCCGCUGGCUUGUUAAGUUGCUGGAAGUGUAUUGGCUGGAAGGAGUCGCAGGUGGCUGAUUCUUCGUAUGCUGCUCUACUUUGA